UGCAGAAAUGCACUAAUGUUCAAUAAUGAACAUAUGGCAGAUGUUCAUUUCAUUGUUGGUCCGCCCAGGGAAUCAGAAAGGGUCCCAGCACACAAGUAUGUGCUGGCAGUGGGGAGCUCUGUUUUCUGUGCCAUGUUUUAUGGGGAUCUCGCGGAAGGGGACUCUGAUAUCCAUAUUCCAGAUGUGGAACCCGCUGCUUUUCUCAUCCUGCUCAAAUACAUGUACAGUGAUGAGAUAGACCUGGCGGCUGACACAGUACUGGCUACACUUUACGCUGCCAAGAAAUAUCUGGUGUCUGCUCUGGCUCGCGCAUGUGUGAGUUUUCUCGAGACAAGCCUGGAGGCGCGAAAUGCAUGUGUGCUGCUAUCUCAAAGUCGGCUGUUUGAGGAGCCGGAGCUCACUCAGAGGUGUUGGGAAGUGAUCGAUGCCCAGGCAGAGCUUGCGCUGCACUCGGAAGGUUUCACUGAGAUUGACCUGCCCACACUGGAACACAUCUUGCAGAGGGAAACCCUGAAUGUAAAGGAGGCGGUGGUGUUCCAGGCCAUUCUAGGAUGGGCCGAUGCAGAGUGUCGGAGACAAGGCAUGACCCCCUUGUCACAGAACCAGCGCUCCGUGCUGGGGAAGGCGUUGCACCUUGUGCGUCUGCCUUCCAUGACGCUGCAGGAAUUUGCAGAUGGAGCCGCGCAGUCGAACAUUUUAACCCUUGAGGAAACGCACAACAUCUUUCUCUGGUACACGGCUGCUACGAAACCUGUGCUGGGAUUCCCGGUUGAACCCAGAAAGGGACUGACGCCGCAACGCUGUCAUCGGUUUCAAUCCUCUGCAUACCGAAGCAACCAGUGGCGCUACCGCGGACGCUGCGACAGCAUCCAGUUCGCUGUGGACAAGCGCGUGUUUAUCGCCGGACUUGGUCUAUAUGGCUCCAGUGGAGGGAAGGCGGAAUAUAGCGUCAGAAUUGAACUAAAGAGACAAGGAGUGCUUCUGGCACAAAACUUGACCAAAUUUGUGUCAGACGGUUCAAGCUCAACAUUCCCCGUGUGGUUUGAGCACCCAGUACAAGUGGAGCAGGACGCGUUCUACACGGUUAGCGCCGUUCUAGAUGGGAGCGAGCUAAGUUAUUUUGGACAGGAAGGAAUGACAGAAGUCCAGUGUGGGAAAGUCACCUUUCAGUUUCAGUGUUCCUCUGACAGUACUAACGGGACAGGGGUGCAGGGGGGACAGAUUCCGGAACUGAUAUUUUAUGCAUGAUUACGCGGAAUUAUCUGUUAAUGAAGAGACAGCAGGGGGAUUUUUCCUCUCAAAUAAAUGCCUUUACUCACAAUAUAGCUGCAAGACACUACUAGAAGAUGAGACUAUCCCCUCUGAUUAGAUUUUUUUACAUUGUACAUAUAAUAGAAUGCUGCCCAAACUUAUUUAUUUCUUUAAACAUAUUGUUUUAAAACACGUACUUUAAUUUAAGCACAUUUGAUUUCUAAUUAUUCAUAAUCUGCCUGUGUACAGUGAAACAUUGGUAGUUUGCACUUGAAACUAGGCAGCUUUUCCUCUGUCUUGUUAUUUAAUGUUUAUUUGUUGACAGCUUUAUGCUGAGUGACCUAAAAAGGGUUUCAAGAGCCUGCAAAAUCAGAAAAUAUUUGUUUCUAUUCAUCAAACAGUAUUUUGUUUUCUUUUGUCUAAU